CUGGAUUGCCUCACUCGACCCUCACCAACCCGGACAGUACUGGAAAUCAACCCCCAUGCAGCCUCCAGGUUGCCAGUGCAACCGCCCGUGUUGACGGCGCAAUCGUUCUUCCCAGCCCCUCACUAUUUCCUGGCUCUCGCUUCAUACUGGAUGGGUCCUCAGAUGGAUGGGCCUGUCCGUCGAGGAGUACUAUGGAGCACUAUGUCUCCGUACGGAGUACGAAGAUUUAGUCCACCCAUGACGAUUAUGUUAAUCAAGUCGUCCUGCCACAGAGUCCUCAUUUCAUCUAAACUCGGAUCCGAUCGGCCGCAAUUGCGAUGUUGCCUGCUGAUGAGAUCCAUGUCAGUGUGUCACUUACUCACUUCUCCUCCUCCUCCUCCUCCUCCUCCUCCUCUUCUUCUUCUCUCUGGUCUAGCCACCAACCCCAAAUCCAUCUUCUGCAUUCCUCCCUCCUCCCUCCCCUCUCCGCCAGUAGCACCAUCAUACCUUUCGACCCUCGCUUCAUCCAUAUCCUGAAGUACUCGCUCGGAUCUAAAGCAAUUAGAUCGGCCUAGUUUGACGAUCCUCGCCCAUGUCGGCUGAUCUGGUCUCCAGCCGUGCCUUGUCCAGAU